GUCUACCGGUACUUUUGUGGUUUUCAGACGCACUAGUACGCAUCACCAGGAUCAGACGGUCUUUUUGGACACUAUCGACACCAACAGUAUCGACUACUACAACAACUCUCAAUAACAGUAACGACGAAAACAAGUGAAACGAUAGCAUCAAGUUUGAAUGACAAUCAUGAAAAGCAUCGAUAGAUUGAACAGCUGCGCUAGCGAAAGCGAAAGUGACAACUGCACCUGUAGCACCAGCGAUCUCAAACACGUAUCGGAUUGUUCUCCUCGUGAUCCACAACGGUCAUCCGAGAAACGGCGGGCACAGCACCAUUCCAGCACCAGUUCGAGGCCCCUGCUCCUGGCAGCGGCGGUAGUGAUUCUCUGCCUUUCUUCGUCUCCAUCGCAGCAUGUUGUCUUUGGAUCCUCCAAACACGUUCCAUCGGCGAGACGGUUUCUUGGCAUUCCAUCGUCCUAUCGCAGACCACUCGGCGACAAGGCCAACAACAACAACGACAAUCGGGGUUCGAUCUCCCAAAAGAAGCAUCAACAUCGAAACCAAAACCAGCGUCCACGGGCGCUGGCGUCGGUGGCUCACUCCCGUUCGUCGUCGACGUUGCUACGCUUUUCGUCGGCUUCCCCCGAGGACGAGAGUAGCGGUCACGACAAGGAGAACAACAAGCCGCCGGCCUCGUCCUUCAACGGCACCUCUCUUUCCUCACCAUCGUCCAGCGCCACCGCCUAUGACGAAGUGGACGACGAGACAAGUGUCACUACCACCUCAUUCUUUCGGUUCCCUUCGGACACUCCCGAGGAGCAGCAGCAACCACCGCUGGACCUUGUGGAAGCCGGAAGCCAGUCGAACGCCCAGUCGUCAAUUCUUGGAAGACGCUACUUCGGGUCUGCUCGUUCCCCGAAGGGGCUUGUGCAGAGGAAACAUGCUCUACAGACAACAUUUGUCUGUUCCCUCAUGGGUCUAGCUGGCUUUGUUGAGGGCUUCUGUAUUCGGAGGCACGGUUGCUUCCCCAACCUCAUGACCGGAACGGUCCUCAAACUGGCCGAGGCCAUAUCGACCCUCAACCUUUCAGCAGCAGCAAUGCACGCGGCAAUGGUGGUGGCCUACGCUUCCGGUGGCUCUAUCUUUGCGCUGUGGAAGGCUUCCGGAAAGAACGCGAGCAGCAUCGACAACGAAAGCGAAACAGUUGCCAAACACCGUCAGAAACGGAGCAGCAUCGAGGGAGUUUCGGUCCUUUCGACGCUGUGCUUUUUGUUCUCGGACAUCUGGGGCGGCCGCCUGCGGCUACCCUUUCUGGCAGCUGCGUUCGGAAUCCUUAACGCCGGAACCAUGGACGCAGGCGCCGGGGUGACCAAUGCGAUCACUGGACACGUGACUAAGAUCGGACAGGGUUUCGCCACCAACCGGCCUUCCGAACAGCAGGCAGCGAAGAAUGCUGCUCCGCCCGCCCACGUGACGAGUGCCCGUGGCCUUGCCGUGUUUUUCGUUGCGGCCGUCGCCUCGAACGGCCUCUGCGCGUUGCUGGAUGCAACCAGCAGGAUGGAAGGAGGAAGCGCCCUCGGGCUGGUCGGGGCCGUGGUCAAUCGGCUCCCGCUGGGGACGACUCUAGCGGUCGUCUACGGGGUUUUCUUUCGGUGGUACCUGCGCGCCUCUGGAGCUCUGGUGGACGCGGAGGUGGCGACGAAGGAAGCCUAAAAUCGGCAACGAGAAGAUCCCCGCUAAGGAUGGGUUCCCGUCACACCGAUCUGGAGAAAAAAGAGCACGGAUUCAGUCCAUCUUUCGUGCUGUACCAUUAAUUUUCGAAAACACAUCAUGCUAUAAUUUAUAUGAAUAAUUUUGAACCAAUUCCGGGGCUUUCGUUUUAUGGAAUGCACACUGAUGCCCUCUAUCUGAAAGUUUUUUAUGUCACGAGUCAAAUCAGUUAAAACGUUAACGCCAUCAUUGGAAUAAGGAUCCGAAGUGCACAAUAUUUUAAAUAUGAUGUUAUUGUGCAAUCCACUUUUAUGUGUGAGUAUGUCACUUACGUUGGCAAUUAAAUCAAAGACGUGUCA